GGCUAUAAAAGCGGCAAGAUGAAAGGAUCAGAGCACAGUGCAACGCGAAGAGUUCCAAGCUCUUCACAAUGGCUAGCGUAACGUCCAAGUGCCUCAGGGCUUUGUCCCUGCUUUUACUUGUCACGGCCCUUUCGGCCAUACCAACACCAGAACGAACCACAGUUGCGGAAGGAAUUGACACAGAAGACACUACUUUAUCAACCGAACUGAAGCCUCCGCCAUUGCCUGAAAAUGAACAUCAAUACGUGCUCUUUGUCGUAAAUGUUUAUGGUGUCAAAAAUGCCAGUGGCGAGACUUCGGAUGAAAUGCUCGACAACGAGAUUACCCAUAAAAUUAAAAACUUGGAAGAGCCGUUGGCCACCGUGUUUCUGCUCAUCGAGGUUGACGAGGACGAAACAGAAACCAACGAGCCGGUGAAUCUCGACGAAGUGGCGACCGAUCUAGAAACUCACGAGGGCUUCAAGGUAGAGAAGAUCCAGCAUGCUGGCGAGACGAGAGUGCUCAAAGUUCAUCUCGACAAAGAUAGCUUCGAUAACACGCUAUCGGGCGCGCCCAAAGUAGACAUGUUGAAGAAAGUUCGUAACAAGAGGACACCCUGUCUGAAAUGCCUACUGAGUUACCACGGCGGCGGCGGCGGCGGCGGCGGUGGCGGCGGCGGAGGAUAUGGAGGUAGCUACCCUAGCGGCGGAGGAUGUGGCGGAGGAGGAUGUGGCGGUGGAAGUUACCCUACUGGUGCUCGCCAUAUUGAUUAUGGGGGUCUUCCCGCUGGUGGAUGUAAUGGAGGAAGAUGCGGAGGAGGUGGCUAUCCUACCGGUGGCGGAGGAGGUGGCUAUCCUACCGGUGGCGGAGGAGGUGGUUAUCCUACCGGUGGUGGAGGUGGUGGUCACCGUAUUGAUAAUGGAGGUCUCUACCCUGGUGGUGGAUGUAGUGGAGGAAGAUGCGGAGGAGGAAAGAAACAACAAACAGUUGGUGUUAUACCCAUACUUGUUGUACCUGUUGUAGCUGGAUAUCCAUCCUACCAUCCGUCUGGAGGAGGUUGCAGUACAUGUGGCAAUGGUGGUGGCAGUGGAGGUGGUUCCUAUGCCCAAGCUUCGGCAUCGGCUGGAAGUUGGGGUAAAUAAUCGAAACGAAACAACAAGGGUGAAGAAGUUACUAGAUGUCAUGCUGCCUAAAGUCGACUAAGCGUAAUAAUGUAACGAACCGUAACACGUAAACAGAAGACCGCAUUAAUCGCGUUACAAUGUAACCGUCAGUCAUUGCAAUCAUCCAUUUGUACAACGUAUACCAAGAAUCGAAUAAACUAAGAUAAAAAGACA